CUGCGACAUUUUCUUAAAUAGCAGAGCACAGUGUCGACGUGCCAUUCCUUAACUCUUCUUCUUAUUCUUCUUUUUCCACUUCGGUGAGGUUUUUAAAUAUCAAAUCGCCAAGAUGAGUGGCCGUAAGUUAUAUAUUUUAUUCCUUUUGUAGCUCAUCGUCAUAGGUGUCCAUGAGCUUCGAAAUAUUCAAAUUUCUUCCCACGGUCAAUUGCAAAAUACUGACAAUGUAUCUCUCUAGUUCGAUUCCUCGAUCUCAUCAAACCCUUCUCGCCGUUCCUCCCUGAGGUUCAGCAACCCGAGACAAAGGUCCCAUUCAACCAAAAAUUGAUGUGGACGGGUUUGACGUUAUUGAUAUUCUUGGUUAUGAGCCAAAUGCCAUUGUAUGGUAUUGUGUCCUCAGAUACCUCCGAUCCUCUAUACUGGUUGAGAAUGAUGUUGGCAAGUAACAGAGGUACUUUGAUGGAAUUGGGUAUUACGCCAAUUAUCUCCUCGGGAAUGGUUUUCCAGCUUCUUGCUGGUACACACUUGAUUGAUGUCAACCUUGACUUAAAGGCUGAUCGCGAGUUAUAUCAAACUGCGCAAAAGCUCUUUGCUAUUAUUUUAUCAAUGGGUCAAGCUACUGUGUAUGUCUUUACUGGAUUGUACGGUCAACCAUCCGAUCUUGGUGCUGGUGUUGUCUGCCUUCUCAUCCUUCAAUUGGUUGUCGCUGGUUUGAUUGUCAUUCUUCUCGAUGAGCUCCUUCAAAAGGGAUAUGGUCUUGGAAGUGGUAUCUCCCUCUUCAUUGCUACCAACAUUUGCGAGUCUAUCAUCUGGAAAGCAUUUUCUCCGACUACCAUCAAUACUGGUCGUGGCCCAGAGUUCGAGGGUGCCGUCAUUGCGCUCUUCCACUUGCUUUUGACAUGGCCAAACAAGCAACGUGCUCUUCAAGAGGCUUUCUAUAGACAAAGUCUUCCUAACAUCAUGAACCUUUUGGCUACCAUCGUCGUCUUCGCAGCCGUUAUCUAUCUCCAAGGUUUCCGUGUUGAGAUCCCAGUCAAAUCUUCUCGUCAACGUGGAGCUCGUGGAUCUUACCCAGUUCGUCUCUUCUACACCUCCAACAUGCCAAUUAUGCUCCAAUCCGCUCUCUCCUCCAACAUCUUCCUCAUUUCUCAAAUGUUGUACUCUCGCUUCUCCGAGAACUUGCUUGUCCAACUCUUCGGUGUUUGGGAGCCAAAGGAGGGUUCAGCACAACUUUUCGCUACCUCUGGUAUCGCAUACUACAUGUCCCCACCUUUGAACUUCACGGAUGCUCUUCUCGACCCAAUUCACACUGCUGUCUAUAUUACUUAUAUGCUCGUCGCAUGUGCUAUCUUCUCCAAGACUUGGAUUGAGGUUUCCGGCUCCAGCCCAAGAGAUGUCGCUAAGCAACUGAAGGAUCAAGGUCUCGUCAUGGCUGGUCACAGAGAACAAAGCAUGUAUAAGGAAUUGAAGCGUAUUAUUCCUACUGCUGCGGCUUUUGGUGGUGCCUGUAUUGGUGCUCUUUCCGUCGGUAGUGACUUGUUGGGAGCUCUUGGAUCUGGAACUGGUAUUUUGUUGGCUGUCACGUAAGCAUUUUCACUCCAAUUUCACCCAUAUAUCAAAGACUAACAUUACCAUAGUAUUAUCUACGGAUACUUCGAGAUCGCCGCAAAGGAGGGAGACAUGGCUGGGAUGAAAGGCAUGAUCAUGGGAUAAGGAUUUUCUUAUCGAUACUUUCAAUUUCUUCUUGUAUGCUUGAUUACAUUAAAGAAAAGCAAAUGUUUUAGGAUUGGUGGUUGUUGGGAAAAUCGGAACGGGAUUCGGAGAUCAAAGAUGUGUAGAUGAAAGAGGCAAUAUCAUUUUAUCUACAUACUCCCUAUGAUCUUCGUAUAAAUGUAACAAUAAGUGGGAAUGGGAUGCAUGUAUUUUUUGGAACCCGCGUUGUAUGAACUUGCAUGAAUUUUGAUGCCAGCGAGCAUAAGCAAU